AUGUCGAGACUCACUGACGAUGCCGACUACGAUGUCGGCGAAUCGUCUGGGAAUUUACCAUGUCCACAGUCUGAGUUUGGAAAUGGUCAUGCAUACAAAGGACUUCUGACUAGGUGCGUUCCUCUAAGUCUUCCUACCAAUAUGACCAAGUUGUGA